CGUCACAAUUUGACGCUUCUGUCAUUGAAAGCUGUGUGUUGCAGAGUUCAUGUGAGGAGGUGAUGUUUUUUUGCAAAAUUAUCGUGGAAAACUGGUAAAACUACAGAAAAAUCGGUAUUUUUGGUGAAGCAAAAGCAAUUGAAUAUGAAUUUUUUGAAGCGUGUUGCUUCAAUCACCAGCUUGAUAGCCAAUCAAUCGUUGAACCGUGUUCAACAAAAUGUUCGUGCCUUCUCAUCGUCAUUGAGCGCACCACCAACCGCCGAACGUCAAUUUGUGCCAUUGACUCAAAUUCAGACGCUGACACCAAAGAUAGUGACCGACUACUUGGAGUCGUUGAAACCAGCAAAACUACCUGGUGAAGAUAGACUCUUGCAAAUGCAUCGCAUACCAUAUAUUCGAACAAUGAAAAAGAAACGGCAUAUCUUUGAUGGUAAACCACUGUGCAGAGGUGUCGUGUUGCGUACAUUGAUCAAAAAGCCACGUAAGCCAAAUUCAGCAAAUCGUAAAUGUGUUCAAUUGCGAAUGUCAACGGGAAGAAUAAUGACGGCCUAUGUACAAGGCGAAGGACACAAUUUACAAGAACACAAUGUCGUACUUUGUAAAAUUGCGCGAUUGCGUGACACACCAGGCGUUAAAAUUAAAUGUAUUCGAGGUGUUUAUGAUUUACCACACGUUGUCAAGAAAAAAGACUAAUCUCGACGAAAACAAUGUUAAGAAUAAUAUUAUCAGUUGGAAGUAGUUAAUAAUACAAAAAUCGGACACAGAUGUAGUUUGAAUCUAUAUGAGAAGAAGAAUAAAGAACACUUUCCAUCAUA